UCUGCCUUUUGAGUGCUGGAAUUAAAGGUGUGCUCCACCAUUGCCCAGCCCUCCUAUGAACUUCUGAUUACGACAGAAUUAGAUUCAGAUUCUCAAACCUGAAUAUCAUGGCCUUCCUCACCUGCUCCAAAGUUCUCUUAAACCAGAGCCUUGGUCCAGUGCCCUCCCCUCCCCACCCCCAUUGAUCUUUCAGGAAUUCAUAUGAUAGAGGGAACAGCAUUUUGUCUGCUUUAAGAAGGCAAGCUCUUCAAACUCAGGCCAUGGGCAAGUAUGAAGCCUGAGCACAGAACGAUCGAGAAACAAGACAGUUUACCAGGAUGCUGUGGCCUACCACACUAGGUCUACAGAUAUGAAGAAGAGGAUGUCUCUGAGGAGGAUGAGCACACCAUCCAACCAGAAGCAGAGGAGGAGGUGGCCUUCUCCCAAGACCCUGGGGAAUAAGGUGGGCUGCACAAUUUCCCAUUGAUGGAAGGAAGGUGAUGAGCCUCUCACCCAAUGGAAGGCCAUCGUUCUAGAUCAAGUGCCAACAAAUCCCUCUCUCUAUCUGGUCAAGUAUGACGGAAUUGACUGUGUCUAUGGCCUGGCAUUUCACAGCGAUGAGAGGAUUUUAAAGCUUAAGAUCUUGCCUCACAAAGUAGUGUUUCCUCAAGUGAAAGACGCCCAUCCCGCAAGUGCCAUGGUUGGCCGAGCUGUGGAGCAUAAAUUUGAGGGCAAACAUGGCUCUAAGGACAACUGGAGUGGGGUGGUCCUAGCCCAUGUGCCGAUCAUGAAGGACUGGUUUUCCAUCACCUACGAGAAAGAUCCAGUCCUAUACAUCUACCAGCUCCUGGAUGAUUACAGAGAAGGUAACUUCUGUAUCAUUCCAGAGACUCCUCCAGCAGAGGUGAAGUCAGACGUUGACAGCGAGAUCUUAACAGGUCAAUGUGUGCAGUACACCAGAAGUUACGGGUCCAAAAAGAUUGGCAACGUCAUUUACCAAGUUCUAGCCAAGUCUUCCAUGUACUUCAUCAAGUUUGUUGGCAAUGUCCACAUCUAAGUCUAUAAUCUGGUGGAAAAGAUUGGUUAAGGUGAAAUUCACAAAGUGUGGGGGACAUAGAUCUGUAAUUUAUAGGAUUGGGGGAAAAUGUUUUUAUGUGUUUUAGAUACACAAGGGCCUUUGACAACCCCAGUAUCUUUUCCAGUGGAAUUUGUUUUUGCUCUAAAAAUUAAGAUGUGCGAUGUGACGUGUUGUAUGUGAACACUUUGGUGGAGGAGACGGACUUUGGUGGAUGGAACAUGGAGAGGAAGCCGGAAAGGUCAAGGCUGUGAACAGCAAGUCUAAUGUCACGUAGGCUAAAACAAACAGGACUGAGCUGGUCUGGUCUUUAGGGAGAGAAAAGAACUGGAGAUGAGGCUUAGAGGAGCAGGGAUGGCACGGAAAAAAAAGAUGGAUGUUUAAGAAACAGUGGAGAGGGAUCAGAAAUAGAUAGACUCUCUGAGGUGAAGUUUGAUGGAGA